AUGCUGCCUGACGGCCUCCCCCUGCUCGCCAUCGGGCUUGUUGCAAUCCUGCUCCCCGUGAUUGACGCCCACCAACACAAAGACCAAAGCUUCUGGGAUGAUAUUGAAGAAAAGCCAAGGUCUUUGGGUCCUCUUGGUCUUCAACAAGGAGUUCAUCCUUGUGAUAGAAGAAGAAGCGUUAGCGAGUAUCAAUUUCUUUUUCCUGCUGUUGAUUUUUCCUUGAUAGACAGCGAUGAAGAUAUUUGGUGGAAGGCCAAUGGUACAGAGACAAAGGAAGAACUUGCAACUAGGGGAAUGAAGUUUAUGAACUGGUCAUGGACACGAAAUGAGAAUGAGAUAGCAAUUAUGACACAUAACGGAUUCUUGUUUCAUACUUUGAAUGGAUUCGAAAAUGAUUGCAACCCCUUGGUGAAGAAGGAAAUAUCCAAAUUUGCCAAUUGUGAGAUUUGCUCGAUGGUCAUUGUCGAUAGAAGAUGA